CGCCGGCGCCUGGCGGCCACUCACCGGCCCCCACGACGCCCCUACGGGUGCCCGCUGGGGCCGCAAGGGGAAAGGGCGCGUUGGCUUGACUGCGCGGGCGGAGCGGCACCCGCAUGCGCAGUGCUUCCCCCUGCGUGGCGCAGCGGGGAGGGCGCAGCGCCCAUAACGCGAAGGUUGCAAGUUCGAAUCCCCGCUGGGGAAGCGCAGAGGGGCACCGGUUGCUUCAGGCACGUUGGCGCCUGUCGGUGCCCCGGGAUGAGCCCCGGGGCUCGGCCGGGCUCCCGGGGCAGCCCCGCGUCGUGUGCACCAGCCCCGCUGCACAGGGCGCACCCAGCCACCCAACGGCACGGACAGCGGCACGAGGAAAGGGCCCAGGAGUCCGAGCCCGGGCGCCCCUUUCCCUCCCCAGCGCAGCGGUGUGGCAAUGCCACCACGUCCUUCCUUCCUGCCACCCCGGCCGGGGGCACGGAAAUGCCACCCACUUCCUAGCCCCGGCGCCCGCCGCCACCGCCGCCGGGCAGCCGGGUCCCCGUGCAGCGCCGUGCGCCGCGGGGCAGCCGCGCCAUGGAGGCCGAAGGCUUCGCCCCCUGCCACGCUCCCGCCCUGCAGACCAAAGUCUUUAAAUACCGGAUCUGGGACAUGGACCAGAAGUCGCUCUACCUGCGCGAGGACCAGCUGGUGGCCGGGCACCUGCAAGGCGCCAACGCGGCCCUCGAAGAGAGGGUCUUCUGGGUGCCCAACCGCUCCUUCGCCCAAGCGCGGCUGCCCGUCAUCCUGGGCAUCCAGAACGGCACCCGCUGCCUGGCCAGCCCCGCCGCCCCCCGGCCCACGCUGCGGCUCGAGGACGCCGACAUCCGGGCGCUGCCCGGCGCCGGCGAGGCCUCGGCACCCUUCACCUUCUUCCGCACCUACAAGGACGGGCUGUGGCGCUUCGAGUCGGCCGCCAACCCCGGCUGGUUCCUCUGCACCUCGGCGCGCGGCCACCAGCCGCUGGGGCUCUCGCGGGGCCCCGACGCCGCCCACGUCCUCGACUUCUACUUCCAGGACACCGUGGGGACGGGGAAUGCGGGGCACAGGGACAUCGUGGAGACCAGGCACCUGGGGCACAGGGACAUCGUGGGGAUGGGGCACACAGGUGGCACAGAGAUGGGGCACCUGGGGCACAGGGACAUCGUGGGGACAGGGCACACAGGUGGCACAGAGAUGGGGCACUUGGGGCACAGGGACAUCGUGGGGACAGGGCACAUGGGCAACAUGGGGACAGGGCACACAGGUGGCACAGAGAUGGGGCACACAGGUGUCAUCGGGAUGGGGCACCCGGGGCACAGGGACAUCAUGGGGAUGGGGCACACAGGUGUCACCAGGACGGGGCACCUGGGGCACAGGGACAUCAUGGGGACAGGGCACACGGGCAACAUGGGGACGGGGCACACAGGUGGCACAGAAAUGGGGCACAUGGGUGUCAUCGGGAUGGGGCACAUGAGUGUCAUCAGCAUGGGGCACCUGGGGCACAGGGACAUCUUGGGGAUGGGGCACACAGGUGUCAUCAGCAUGGGGCACCUGGGGCACAGGGACAGCAUGGGGACAGGGCACAUGGGCAACAUGGGGACAGGGCACACAGGUGGCACAGAGACAGGACACGUGGGUGUCAUCAGGAUGGGGCACAGGGACAUGGACGGGACGGCCCGUGCCAGGAUUUCAGAGGCCGUUGAGUUCACAGGCUCUACCAUGUCACAGGCACCUAGACCGGCGCUGAGCUUCGCCACGGGCUGGGCCAGGCCGGGGAGGUGGCAGGCCCCCGGGGCGGGAUGCAGGGUCGGCGGGCGCCGGGGCUGGUGCCAGCCCUGCCGGCGCCCGCUGGGCGUCCUGGCGGAGCCGGCUGCCGGCAGCCCCCCCGCGGUGUCCGUCGUCGACCCCGACAUGGAGGCCUUGUUCAAGGAGUUCCUGGACAGAGAGACCGCCACCACGGAGCACACGUUCGCCGGCGCGCCGGAGCCGCCGUCGCCGCAGCCCUACCACUACCGGAUGCGCGACACCGACCAGAAGGUGCUGUGCCUGGAGCAAGGGCGUUUGGUGGCCACCAACCUGCACGGUGCCAACGCCGCCCAGGAAGAGCCCAUCAGCGUGGUGCCCAACCGGCACCUGGAGCGAAGCCGCUGUCCCCUCAUCGUGGGCAUCCGCGGGGGCAGCCAGGCGCUCUCCUGCGGCACCGGCCCCGAGCCCCGGCUGCAGCUGGAGGCCGUGGGGGUGCUGGAGCUGUUCGGCCGGGGCGCCGAGGCCACCCGCUUCACCUUCUACAAGACCUUCAGCGGCUCCACGCACACCUUCGAGGCGGCCGCCUUCCCCGGGCACUUCCUGAGCACGGCGCCGCGGCCCGACGAGGAGCUGGCCCUCACGGCGCAGCCCGCCGCCGCCAUCACCACCUUCUACCUGCAGCACAAGUAGCCCCCCCCGGCGCCCCUCCCUUCCCCCCCACCACCAAUA